GUAAAGAUACAUCCAUCCAUCUCCUCUGCCCCAGCUUCUUCUAGCUAGCUCUAGCUGUAGCUCUUUUCCUCCCAAGGACACGUACUACACCUUAAUCAACCUGCAGCUAGCUAGCUAGAAAGAGAUAAUAUACUAUCAUAUACUAACAUGGGCAGCUUGGACGCCAACUCCGCCGCUCUAGCCGACGACAGAGCUGCACCGGGCAGCAGCUUCCAGCCGCUGAACGCCGACGACGUCCGCGCCUACCUCCACAAGGCCGUGGACUUCAUCUCCGACUACUACGCCAACGUCGAGUCCAUGGCAGUUCUCCCCAACGUCAAGCCGGGCUACCUCCAGGAGGAGCUCAAGCUCUCCUCCCCGCCCAACUACUCCAGCCCCUUCGAGGUCACCAUGAAGGAGCUCAGGUCCGCCGUGGUGCCCGGAAUGACCCACUGGGCCAGCCCAAACUUCUUCGCCUUCUUCCCUUCCACCAACAGCGCCGCCGCCAUUGCCGGCGACCUCAUCGCCUCCGCCAUGAACACCGUGGGGUUCACCUGGAAGGCCGCCCCCGCGGCGACCGAGAUGGAGGUGCUCGCGCUCGACUGGCUCGCGCAGCUGAUGCGCCUGCCGGCGACAUUCAUGACCCGCAGCACCGGCAGCGAAGGAGCACGCGGCACCGGCGGGGGAGUUAUCUUGGGGACGACGAGCGAGGCCAUGCUCGUGACGCUCGUUGCGGCGAGAGAUUCGGCGCUGAGAAGAAGCGGCUCUAAUGGCGUGGCCGGGAUCACGAGGCUCACCGUGUACGCCUCUGACCAGACCCAUUCGACAUUCUUCAAGGCCUGCCGCCUCGCGGGCUUCGACCCGGCCAAUAUACGCUCUAUCCCUACUGGGCCAGAGGCCCACUACAGCGUCAGCCCAGAGAAGCUGCUCGAGGCCAUGCAGGCCGAUGCGGAGGCUGGGCUCGUGCCCACGUAUGUCUGUGCCACCGUCGGCACCACCUCGUCCAAUGCUGUCGACCCUGUGGGUGCCGUCGCCGAUGUCGCCGCAUUGUUUGACGCGUGGGUCCAUGUUGAUGCUGCCUAUGCCGGCAGCGCUUGCAUCUGUCCGGAGUUCCGGCACUAUCUUGACGGCGUCGAGCGCGUGGACUCCAUCAGCAUGAGCCCGCACAAGUGGCUGCUCACGUGCUUGGAUUGCACAUGCCUCUACGUCCGUGAUACUCAACGGCUGAGCGACUCGUUGGAGACAAAUCCGGAGUACCUAAAGAACGACGUCACCGACUCCGGCGAGGUUACCGAUCUCAAGGACAUGCAGGUCGGCGUGGGCCGGCGCUUCCGCGGGCUCAAGCUCUGGAUGGUCAUGCGCACCUACGGCACCGCCAAGCUCCAGGAGCACAUCCGCAGCGAUGUCGCCAUGGCUAAGAUGUUCGAAGAGUUGGUUCGUGCCGACGACCGGUUUGAGGUCGUUGUGCCGAGGAACUUUGCUUUGGUGUGCUUUAGGAUCAAGGCCCGUGGAACCAUGACGGAGGAUGAUGCUGAUGAGGCCACCCGUGUGCUCAUGGAGAACCUGAACAAGACAGGCAAGAUGUACCUUGCACACACGGUGGUCGGAGGCAGGUUCGUCCUCCGUUUUGCGGUGGGGUCGUCGCUGCAGGAAGAGAGGCAUGUGAGAAGCUCAUGGGAGCUCAUCAAAAAGACGACAUCCCAGUUGACGGAUUAAAAUGGACGGACAAAGCCCUGGAUUCAAAAGGAAACCCUAAGUGAGCCGGGGAGAACAUGCACAUGAUCCUCUUUCAAAUAAAUAAUUAUUGCGGCUUGGGUAGAUAAUGUUUUUUCUGUGAGAAAAAUCUUGGGGAGAUGACGUGUUUUUUU